AUCGCCUGGCCGGUUCUUCUUCCCCUUUCAACAAACGAUCAAAAUUCAAGAUUGUUUUUGUUUGCUUUGCAGAAAUUGCUGUUCACUGUAUAUGCACAGGCACUGCAGCGGAAUUCACAAAAAAACAAACAGAAAUGCCAGGGCCGGGACCGCACAUGCUGUACACAUUGGGUUCAGGAUUAGGAUUGAUGAGUGUAUCUAAUGGCCGGUUUAGUCCUCAUCACUGCCUUACCUAUUCCAUUAACGCUUUCUUUGGACCGGACAUUGGAUCUUUCUCUGAGUGGCUAACAUCAACCCUUGGGUUAGGAAGUGCUUUGGGUUAUGCAAUUGAGCCCUGGAUCCAUGACCCCUUUUAUUAUAUACUUAUUCUUGGUAUCCCCAUGUCCAUGCUUUACAGCUCUGUCUCCAAAUUUCUCCUGAAGAAGGGAUUGCUCGAUUCCAUUUCUGGGGUGCCGCUUACGAGAAAACAGUGUCUUUUCCUGGCGGCUGCUGGCUCUUUGUCACAUUUUUUCUUGGACCAUUUGUUUGAGGAAAAUGGGAAAUCUACUAUGUACACUUGGAUAUUGAGCACAGGUUGGUGGGAAGGUCGAGCACCAAUCAAUCCAGAUGCUGUUGUUGUGGUUUGCAUUUUAUGUAGCUGCUUGAUCGCGGACUUUAUUUACAUCAACAGAGUGAAGCCGCUCAAACUGCUCAAACUACGAGUUAUCAACUCUGUCAAGCUGAUGUUGGUAAUUGCUUCCGUAUACUGCUUAUGGUGUGCAACCCAAAUAUACUUGGUUCAACCUCGUCGGCCAGCAGUUGGUGAAGAGGCUGAUCUUGGAGUUCUUGUGUUUAUGGCAAUAUAUUUUUUCCUCCCUCAUUGGCUAUGCAUUCAGUCCAUGAACUCAAGAGAUCCCCAAGAUCUUAUGCCCUUAUGACUAAAUGAAAAGCAUAGUGACUAGUGACAUAGAAAAAAUCUCAAGGCUAUAAUUGAUUGAAGUCAAGUCCAGCAACAUUUUGUAGAGGAGCUGAACUAGUCAAUUUUCGCCGUUCCAUUGCAGCAUAUGUUGCUCUUUAAGGUUCAUGGCAUCAGCUAGCCAUAGAUUUAACUUCCUUUCCUUGCUCCACAAAGUGUAGAGAUUGUGAUUUUGGAGCUAUAUCCUUUUUUCCUGGGGAUGGUAGGUUAAACUGUAUGGUAGGUCCUAGUAAAAUAUUUCGAAAAAACGUAGACGUUAUAAGGUUUUGUUGAUCAAAUAACUUAUACUAGCUCAUAUUUAUACCUUCAUUGUGCAUUUUAAUAAACAAAUUGGAGAUGUUACAUGAAUUAGCUCCUCUUAAUGUGAUUGUUUAAUUGCAA